CGACUUAUUAAACUUCUAUAUAACCAUUAUAUAUAUUCAUUUGAUUUUUCAAGAUCUUCAUGAUCCUCUUCCACAAUAUAAUACUAUUUAACAUAACCUUUUUGCUUCUUAUUUAAACCCCCAAUCUUUUUUAUACCAAAACAAAAACUCAAGCAUUUCUAAAAAUUUCUUCAUGCAUAUUUCUUUUGUCUUACAAUUUUCAUUUUCAUGGAACUGAUUAAGUUAACUCAGUUUAUCAUCUUCUUAUCAAUUUUUUUUCAAAUUAAAGUUGAAUCUGAAACACCCAAACAACUUUUCAAAGGAUUUAAAGCAAGCCCAGAUCCCCAAAUUUCGAAAAUCCAGCUACUUCUUAGUGAUUAUUCUGGAAAUUACUCACUGAGUUUCCUCCGAGUUGAAGAAGAUAAACUCAGUCUUGCUAUUAUCCAUGUUCAAUCUUCUGAGUCGAUAUGGGUUGCUAAUUUGACCCGUUUUGCUAAAUGGGCUGACCCGGUUGAGCUCUACUUCAAUGGCAGCCUUGUUCUGUCUGAUUCAAGUUCAGGGGUAUUUUGGUCAACUCACACUGAUGGAGACCGUGUUUGGCUUUCAAAUACGUCGAAUUUGCAAGUUCAGAAGUUUGAUAAUGGAGUGACGUCACCUACUGUUUUAUGGCAAAGUUUUGAUUUUCCCUCAGAUACCCUUGUAGAAAAUCAAAAUUUCACUAGUGCCAUGACUUUGGUUUCUUCAAAUGGGCUUUAUUCCAUGAGAUUGGGCUUUGAUUUUUUCGGGUUGUAUUUUAAAGAUGAACCGGGUUUGGGUUCGGAUUGGCAACCGGGUCGGAUCUAUUGGAGGCAUAAGGCAUUAGAAGCUAAAGCUGAUGUGAUUGAAGGUCAAGGACAUAUUUAUGUUGUACUAAAGUCAAAUGGUUUUUUUGGUAUGUACCAAAAUGAGUCGGUCCCAGUUGACAUUGAAUCAUUUAACAGCUUUCAACAAUCCGCAUCCGGUGUACGCCGGAUCCGGAUCGAGCCAGAUGGGAAUUUGAAAGGGUAUUUUUGGGAUGGGUCAAGUUGGUUAUUGGACUACCAAGCGAUAAAGGAGACGUGCGAAUUGCCUAGCCCCUGCGGGGCCUACGGACUUUGUCGACCAGGGAAGAGCUGCUCUUGCCUGGACAACAACACGGAUUAUGGUUUCGGCAGGUGUGCCCUGCCGAAUAAUCAGGACUCCCGCAAUUUUUGCGGGGUCCACAACAAGUACAAGGGGUUGUUAAGAAAUGGUGUUGAGUUGCCUAACAAGGAGUUAAUGGACUAUCAAAAGAUGGAUUCUUUUCAAGAAUGUCAAAGUGCAUGUGAAGGAAAUUGCACAUGUUGGGGUGUGGUGUAUACUAACACAUCAGGAUUUUGCUACAUACUAGACUAUCCCAUACAAAGUUUAGUAGGGGUAGGGGAUGAAUCCAAGAUGGGAUUUUUCAAAGUGAGGGAGGGUGUAGGAAAAGAUAAGAUGGAUGUGGGGUUAGGGGUGGGGGUAGGGUUAUUAUGUGGAGCCAUCUUGGUAUUAGGUGGGGUCAUAGGGUUAGGGUAUUAUAGAUAUCAAAAAAGAAAAAAAGAAAGAGGAGUUAGUGGUUAUGUUGAUGAAGAUGGAGUAGUAGUUGGACCAUAUAAAGAUUUGGGAAGUGCAAGUUUUAGGUCAAUUGAACUAAUUGAAAGAUGAGGUAAGGGAUGACAUCUUUUGAGAUAGAGACUUCAUCAUCAAACAAUAUAAUUUUUUACAAUAUGGUGGAGGUGGGGCCCAUUUUGGUUUUUUUUGGGGAAGUGGGGCCUACUUCUUCACACAUGUGAAGGUGCUUUUGGAAAUGGAAAUUAUCUUAUCAGGGGUUUGGGGGGGGGGGGGGGGGUAGAUUGAUGGUCAAAGGACAAAAAGAUUGCUAAAUUUGGCAAAUGAUAUUGUAUUAUAUUCUUGCAAAUGGAGAAAAACUACUUUUUAGAUGUUUUUUUAGUUAUUUAAACGACAAUGACUUGUAAAUUGUACUUAUUUUCUUAGUGACUUUUCUUAUCUACAUGACCAAAGUAGCCAAACUUUAUUGGAGCUUUGUAAGGAAAUUAGAGUGUGAUUUUUUGAUACAAAUUAU